AUGCCGUCGAGUGUCCGGCCCGAGCUGGCGGUCCUCCUCGACUCGAUCCGGAGACGUAAUCUGUCACGCAUCAGCUGGGAAUUCACUGCCUGGACUGACGUUCUCAGCGACGUCGACCUACCGCAUAACGAAGAUGCUGUGCGAGAGGCCCGAGGGCUCCCCGCAGCCACUGUCUCUGAGAUCCUGCGCAGCAUCGACCCUCUGCUGUCCCCGGAGACUGACAUCGCGCACGGCCUCAAUCUCACACCGGCACACACGCAGUUCACCUAUACCGGCAUGCUGGUGAACCAGUUUGGCGUGCGCAAGGUCCAUCACGGCACCCUCCAGGGCGUCCGCACCUUACUGGACAUUCGCAGUCAAGCGCCGCCGUCCCAGAGCCCGACAGCCGCCGACUACGAGGUGGCCAUGAGAUGCGCCGGAGCAGCAGUGGACUAUCAGCAGGCCAAAGAAAUAUGGACGGCCAUGGCUGCCAACGGCCUGCAGGACUCGCGCACGUCCAAAUCCUGGUCCGACUUCAUCAAGGCUCGGUUCAUGAUAGAGCCAGUGUACUACCAGUUCGACCGCUCCCGGGUCGCCUUCCUCGCGCGCGACCUGUACAGCAACCACAACCCCUUGCCUACAUCGAGGCUGGAGCACCUGGACAAGAUCAGGUUCAGCAUCAACGCGCUGAAGAGAGAGCCGUGGAAUCGCAGACUCGAUCAGCUGGACGAAGACAUGCGGCGUCUCCUCCGCCGGCGCAACGGCUACACGAGCUUCAAGAACCACUGGAUCCGCGAUCUCUACUACGGCCACGAAAUGGACGAAGAGCUGCUGUGCACCUCGAUGAUUGCCUUUGCCCGCUCCAGCUCCGUCUACUCCAUCAAGAAGAUGAUCCUCGAGAGCUACUACGGCAUCAUCGUCACCGGCACGCACCCAUCCGACUUUCAAAUCUCCGGCGGCCGCGAUUUUCCGUCAACCUCCCCCCUGAAGCCUACCCCCCGCCUGCUUCACGCCAUUGUCGAGGCCUUUGGCUCCAUGUCCCACAUCGUCCUCGGCACCAAGCUGCUCGACUUCGUCUCCCGCCGCUACGGCAUCCCCAUCCCGCACGAGACGUGGUCCAACCUCCUCAGCUGGACCUAUCUCUCCGCCUCUAAGCCCUUCAAGCGCACCCGCAGCAUAUACGCCGGCGCUAACCCCUCCCCAGCCUUGACAUCAACCUCUUCCUCCGCCGCCGACGUCCGCCACAUCUGGGAUGUCAUGACCUCUACCCCAUACAACUUCAAGCCCACCCUCGACGACCUCGACAUCUACAUCAAGACGCUCCUCGCCCAGCGCUCCUUUGGCAGCGCCAUCACCCUCAUCCGCACCCACGCCCUCCCCCUCUACGCCUCCCUCCGGCAAACCCACCACGCCGCCCUGGUCGACGAGAUCCUCCAGCUCGACGCCCUCUCCUCCGUCAACAACUCCCACGCUGCCUCCCUCACCGCCCGCGCCACCGCCCGCCGCCGCCGCGCCCAGCUCCUCCACGACCACGCCCACCACCUCAUCGCCUCGUGGCUCGCCCGCCUCCUCAAGUCCGCCUCCGCCGUCAGCGCCGCCCGCCAGGGCUCCUUCAUGCGCGUCCGCGUGCCGGACCUCCUGCGCGAGUUCCCAGACUUCUUCCAACUGCAGGUCCGCUACCGCACCGCGCAGGGCCACGUCGUCCUGCAGCGCCCCGACGAGGACGUCACGCCCCGGUUCGACUGGGACGCCGGCGCAUGGCGCACCACGCUCCCGCAGAAAAAGGCCGGCAUCUACGCGCGCGACUUUGAGGGCUCCGACGAGCCCGACUUUCCCUGGCCGCAGGUCAAGAGCCUCAAGGUGCUGGAGUGGAAGCGGACGCCCAGGAAGAGAUCCGAGCUGUCACGAAGACCGCCUGGUGAGGCAGCCAGGGAAUCGAGGGCGGCGGCGUGGUGGGACAGUAUGGAAGAGGAGUUGAUGCGAUAG